AUGACCAUAAACUUAUAUGGAAUGGUUUCGUUAAAAGUUUGGAUGUGCUUACUCGUGGUGGUCGGUGCGCGCGCACGUUCCGCGCCGCCCGCCCCCGCCGGCUGUCAAUGGGACUAUUCGGACGCAAAGUUGAGUGAAUCUAACUUUCUCACGUGUAACAUCAAAACCAUUGGCUCUGCAGACUUCUUGUUUAAAAACAUUACCACCGCGCAGGCGUACAACAUCAACAAGUUAAAGUUGACAUGCACCGAUUUGUUGUUCUUCGAGAGUUCAUUACAUAUGAAUACCGGUAGUUUCUUAGGGCAACUGCGGAAGCUUGAAGAUUUAAGCAUCGAAUACUGCAAGAUACGUUACGUACCGGCUACGGUUUUAUCUCCGCUGCGUGAUUUAACUAGUUUAACGCUACGAUCAUAUAAUACGGAUUGGCCUGCAAUGACAAUGGAGUUUCAUGCUGAAAGUUUUCGCGGUUUAAUGGAACUGAGAUCCCUAGAUUUGGGAGAUAACAACAUUUAUACACUUCCGUCCGAAGUAUUUUGCCCACUGUUUAGUCUGGAAUCAUUGAAUCUCACUAACAACAGAAUUCAGGACAUAUCCGAUAUUGGCUUUUCUGAUUGGGGAAAAGGACCGAUUGCUCCAGGAGCAGGCUAUACUGAUAUACCCGAGAAGAUUCCAAUGGAUGCCACUGAACUUUAUCUAGAUGGCAAUGACUUUGGCUCCUUGAGUAGUCACUUGUUUAUUGGAAAAAAGAAGUUACACAAGCUUUACUUGAACAACAGUAACAUCGCUACUAUUGACAAUGAUACUCUAAACGGUCUCCAUUCCUUGAAUGUUCUUCACCUUGAAAACAAUCACUUGACUGAGUUGUCUGGGGGUGAAUUCUCUCAGUUGAAACACUUGAGGGAGUUAUAUUUAAAUGAUAACCUCUUAACAAGUGUCGCAAACAAGACUUUUGAGAACCUCUCAUCUUUACGAGUUGCACACUUACAAGGCAAUAAGAUUCUCGACGUUGACAAAAAGUUAACACACAUGAUCCAUUUAGAAAAUAUCAACGUUCGAGGAAAUAUUUUUACCUGCAACUGCGAUAACGUAUUACUACUACAAAACUGGUUUAAGAAGAAUUACGAAGAUCCCGCAGACAUGUUUUGUGCAGAUGAAAAUGGACUUACUUCAAAUAUGACUGUAUUUGAUGUGAUUGAUAAGUGUCAUGAUUCAAGUGUUUUGGACAAUACUAUUCCAACUGAAAAUCAACUGUAUCAAUAUGAUGAAGUGACUACGAUAAAACUUAACUUUGUACCUCUGUUAGCUGUAGUUCUUAUAAGUUGUGUCCAAAUGCGCGAAGACACCCUUCGAGGUAUACGGCGUCGCCAACUGCGCCUGAGCAUUGGUAUAAAUAUGAUGCUAUACCGCCACAAACACCAACGGCAAAUACCGUAA